GCGGGGAGGGGGAGCCCCAGAGGCCUCCCCACAAAGCGGGCGGCGCUCCCCUCUGGCCGGGCGGGCGCGGGCCUCGCGGGCCCUUUAAGGCGGAAGGUGCGCGGCCUCUUUAAGGCAGGUCGGGCGGUUUGUUUUCCGAAGGAAGUGACGGGGGGCGGGAUUGAAUGAAAAGUGCAACUGGGAGUCCCGAGCGCCCGAGUCGGGAGCCGCGGGACCCCAGGGCCCGUCCGCCUCGGAGCGCCCCCCGCGCCCGCGCGCCCCAAACUCUCCUCCAACUUGGAGCGAAGUUGGCAGCGCCCCCGCCCGCCGCGAGCCGGGCCGGGAUGCGCCCGCCGGGCGGCCGCGGGGUCCCCCCUGCGCCCCGCGCGCUGCUGCUGGCGCUGCUGGCGCUGCUGGCGGACGCGGGGGGCGCGCGGGCCGAGCUGCGGGUGCGCGUGCGGCUGCCGGGCGGCCGGGUGGCCGAGGAGCGCCUGCAGGCGGACAGCGCGGGCGACAGCGUCGGCCUGGAGCUGCGCGAGCCCGACGGCGCCCUGGUCUCGCUCACCGCCGACUUCAGGAAGCACGUGAGGAUCCUGCGGGCGCUGGUCCUGGGGGAGCUGGAGAAGGGCCAGCGCCAGUUCCAGGCGCUCUGCUUCGUCACCCGGCUGCGCGACCACGAGAUCAUCCCCAGCGAGGCCAUGGCCAAGCUCCGGCAGAAGAACCCACGGGCAGUGCGUCAGGCGGAGGAGGCGCGGGGCCUGGAGCGGCUGCACAUGGAUGUGGCCGUGAACCUCAGCCAGGGGGCCCUGCUGAGUCCCCACCUGCACAACGUGUGUGCGGAGGCCACGGAUGCCAUCUACACCCGCCAGGAGGACGUCCGGUUCUGGCUGGAGCAAGGUGUGGACAGCUCCAUGUUCAAGGCUCUGCCCAUGGACAUAGAACAGGCACUGCCUCGCUGCGGGCAGGCGGGGGACCGGGGGGCGCCCUGUGUCUGCCACUACGGCCUGAGCCUGGCCUGGUACCCCUGCAUGCUCAAGUACUGCCACGGCCGGGACCGCCCAGCACCCUACAAGUGCGGCAUCCGCAGCUGCCAGAAGAGCUACAGCUUCACCUUCCUCGUGCCUCAGCGGCAGCUGUGCCCCUGGGAGGAAGACCCCUAGCUGGGGAGUGCGGGGGGCUCACCACACCUCCCCCAACCCCCGGAGGCCUUACUUCCCCUCCCCUCCCCUCCCCUCAGCCCAGAGCCUCUGCCCGUCACUCAUGACUGUGAAGAGGGGUGUGGUGUGCGGGGUAAUCGUGAAGGCAGCCCCGCUCCCCCCUGUGUCUGACAGAAGGGGCUCUGCACACUGCACCCCUCCUUCAGCCCCCCAAUUUCAAGCCACCAAAUGCCAUGGCCUGUGAUUCUCCUGUUGAACUCUGCAGGUUUAGACCCUACAAAGUGCCUUUUCCUGUGGCCUCCCCACAGCAGCCACCCGUGCCUUUCCGCAGACGGCCCUGGCCACAGGCAGGCGGCACCUCCUUCCCUCUGAGCAGAAUCGUGUCUGCGGGGUUCUGGGACAGGGGGAGCAUGAAGCAUGAGGAAAACUUGAAUUCCAGAUUUUUAGUGCAAAGUAUUUAUCGUUUCUACCAGAAAUUAAACGUUUCCAUUUCUA